AUGGGACAAUUAUUGAGUUUUAUCAACGGUACUGACCAUGCUGAGCAAAUCUUUAUCGAUUUCGAGAAUGCUCAACCAUCAGAAGAAGAAAGAGAACUCCACAACACAGUCGGUGAGGUAUUAAAUAUAGGACCAGAGAUCCUUCAAAAGUUAACUACCUACACAGGUUGCAAUGAAUAUAUUAGAAGAGCUAUCACCAAUCCAGGACCAGACACAGAAGAAACAGCUUGGGAACAUGUUUUGCCAGCUGUCGAUAUACUUCAAGAGUUUUACGACUUCUCAUUGAAGUUGGAGGAUUGUUUCCCAAAACUCUUGAUUGCUCUCUGCAAGAACGAUCCAAAGGCAAGCCUUUCCAAUCAACAAGCUAUUGCCAAACAACUAGCUGAUGUAUUUGAUUUUGUAUUAAGAUUCGAUGAUGCCAAGAUGGUAAACCCAGCAAUCCAAAAUGAUUUCUCAUAUUAUCGUAGAACUCUCAACAGAAUGAAGCUCACAAAGAAGGAUGCAAAUAUUAAGAUUCGUGACGAGUUGGCCAAUAGAAUGUCGUUGUUCUUUGCCUAUCCAACACCAAUGAUGAAGGUUCUCUCUGAGACCACCGUUAAAUUCCUCUCCACUCCAGAGGUCACCGUGCCAAGAGACAACGUCACCACCACUUUGUCCACCAUGGCCAACGUAUGUCACGACAUGGUCGACAAGAAGAAAUUCAAUAACGUUGAAAUCAAUAUGUUUUGCUUGAGAGCCAUGGUUGGAUCCGUCAUUUUAUUCGAUCACAUUCAUCCACAAGGUGCUUUUGUUAAGAAAUCUCCAAUUAAUGAUACCACAUCAGCCACAUCAGAUGAUGAAGAUUUAAUGGUCCAAGGUUGUCAAAAUAAAUCAAAUAAACUUAAAAAAAGUAAUUAA